AUGCCUCGCGUCGAAACUGACAACUAUUGGAUGCCGCCCGAGGGUUGGGCUGGACACGCCGCGCCGACGCCUAAACCCGUUCCGAGUCGCGAUCGUCGUCGAGUGAGCGAGGGUAAAACCGUCGAGCUGCACUCCCUGAAAGCGCGACCGGAGCUCAACGGCCGCUUCGGCGUCGUGCAAUCGCACGUCGCGGAGACAGGCCGAUGGGCGGUCCUCCUCGGCGUGCUCGAAGGCGAAGAAGGCUCAUCAGACCAGGAGGUCGUCACGGUUAAGAGCGAGAACCUCGAGGCAUGGGACGAAGCCGGCGCGUGGAUGUUUAACAACAACGCGAAUAAGCUCACCGACGUGUACAGAAGGCUUAUCGACGCGACGCGACUUCGCGUGUACGACAUAUGGACUCGGACCGGUGAACAAGUCGGCGCUCUCUCGGAGCAAUACGAGGGAGGGGACAACGGUCUGUUGCACUUCUUCCGCGUCGUCAACGAAGCGAAGCCUCGCGGGCGAUGGAACGGUGGAUUCCUCCCGAGAUGGUGGAGCAAGAAGCACACGUACGAGUGCGCGCGUUACUCCUAUUCAUCCUCAAAGGAUAAGGACUGCGUAUUCAACGUGAACCUCAGUAGCCCGACAACGUGUUCGGAGAUACAGGAAGAUUACGGCGACGGCGCCAAAGCGCUGCUCCACAUGCGCGAGUACAUCGAGGCGUUUUACCCCCCCGGUUGCGAGGAGAGCCUUCCCAACGUCCUCAAAGACGAGGAUUUUCGCGACGUGUAUCAGUGGUGCACCGGGUCUCGAUCGAGCUCGGGUCGGUUCGUCUGGAAGGACGAGGACGAAUCGGAACGGGAGACGGAGGCUGAGGAGGACGACGUGGACGAGGAGGAGCUGAAGUCGAAGUUCACGCUCACGGACGAGCGGCGGCGGCAGAUGAAGCUUAAUCAUCGCGUUUGCACCUUGUGCGAGAAACUACCUCGCGGCCAGAAGAAUACCGCGUACAAGUGCGCGAGGUGUCAGGUUGAGUAUUACUGCAGCCGCGCGUGCCAGAAGAGAGACUGGGCGAAUCACAAGGUGCAAUGCCUUAACAUCAGUGGUGAAACGGAUCCUCAAUGGCUGAUAUUACUCAAGGAGUGGGGUUGGGCGUUUCCCGAAGACAUCAAAGCGAUGGAUUUACACCACGAGCUCCUGUGUUUGAUCAAAACCGCGAGAGAGACUAGCGUGAAGAUGGAAAUGGGCGAGAAGAUGGGAAUGCUCAAGGCUCUGUUCGUGGCGUCAGGGAUCGUGUACAACGUCGCGCAGGCGCAAAGGCUUGUCGAGUACGUUCUCAUGAAGAAGAAGAAGUACUCGCUUCUCAUCAAAGCUCUCCGAAUGUCGGGCGGACCUACUACGCCCUUACCGACCGGCUUGCGGACCGGGAAAGAAAUCGAUAAACCUUUCUCGAAAGCUGGCAGUUUUUUGUCUGAUUUAGCAGGUUUUGGAUGCGGCAGCGAGGACCCGCGGGUCGCGUUGUGGGAAGCAAAAGAAUGUGGGCUCGUGAAUGAAUUCGUCGCGUUGGAACUUAUCGUAUCAUACGAUAUAAAUCUCGUGCCGCGAACCGCUGAGAUGUUGCGUCUCCUCAAAGAUGGGGAGCGGAGCGCCGCUUUCUGUGCACGUGAGGCUAAACUUAUGAAGAGACAGAUAGAAGAGAGCAAACCCGGGCACUGGAGCCGAUUCGUGAGGACUGUAAAGUCGAUUCGUGAGAGUAAUUACGAAUGGUACGUACGUAAUCCGAUCACGAAGCCACAAUGAAAAAAUGACCAACACAAAGUGUCCGCCGAACCGGCCGGGUCGAUAAGCUUGCAGCAAUAGUUGUGUCUGUACCACUUUUUAACCUUAUUAUUAUCAUGUC